CGGGUCCUCAGCCAAGAAAGGCCGAGCGGCUGGCCCCGGCGCCGACUGCGGAGCCGAGAGGUUGGAGAAUGGUUAUGAUUGGGGUCCUGGUUCGCAUCCUCUCUUUGAUGCUGGCGCCGCUGCUGCUGGGUUCUGCGGGCGGCUUGCUCAAUGUCACCAAGAGGACAUUUGAGAUCGACUACCAGAAGGACCGCUUCCUCAAGGAUGGCAAGCCAUUUCGCUACAUCUCAGGAAGCAUUCACUACUUCCGAGUGCCGCGCUUCUACUGGAAGGACCGGCUGUUGAAGAUGAAGAUGGCUGGGCUGAAUGCCAUCCAGACGUAUGUGCCCUGGAACUUUCAUGAGCCCCAGCCAGGACAGUACCGGUUUUCUGAGGACCAUGAUGUGCAAUAUUUCAUUCAGCUGGCUCAUGAGCUGGGACUGCUUGUCAUCCUGAGGCCUGGGCCCUACAUCUGUGCAGAGUGGGACAUGGGAGGAUUACCUGCUUGGUUAUUAGAGAAAGAAUCUAUUGUUCUUCGCUCUUCUGACCCAGAUUACCUGGCGGCUGUGGAUAAAUGGUUGGGAGUCCUUCUACCCAAGAUGAGACCUCUGCUCUAUCAGAAUGGAGGGCCGAUUAUAACAGUGCAGGUUGAAAAUGAAUAUGGCUCCUACUUUGCUUGUGAUUUUAACUACAUGCGUUUCCUGCAGAAGCGCUUCCGCCACUAUCUGGGUGACAAUGUGCUUCUGUUCACCACUGAUGGAGCUCAAAAAAGCUUCCUGAAGUGCGGAACCCUGCAGGGCCUCUAUGCCACAGUGGACUUUGGAACAGGCAGCAAUGUCACAGCUGAUUUCCAAACUCAGAGGAAAGUGGAGCCCAAUGGACCCUUGGUCAAUUCUGAAUUCUAUACUGGCUGGUUAGACCAUUGGGGUCAGCCUCACUCCACAGUCAAGACAGAAGUACUGGCUUCCUCCCUCUAUGAAAUACUGGCCCAUGGGGCGAGUGUGAACUUGUACAUGUUUAUAGGUGGAACCAAUUUUGCCUAUUGGAAUGGGGCCAACACGCCCUAUGCACCACAGCCCACCAGCUACGACUAUGAUGCCCCACUGAGUGAGGCAGGGGACCUCACUGAGAAGUAUUUUGUUCUGCGAAAGGUUAUCCAAAUGUUUGAAGAGGUACCAGAAGGUCCUAUCCCUCCAUCCACACCAAAGUUCGCCUAUGGAAAAGUGUCUCUGAAAAAGUUAAAGACAGUGGAGGCAGCUCUGGACAUCUUGUGUCCUGGUGGACCCAUAAAAAGCCUUUAUCCCUUGACAUUUAUACAGGUGAAACAGUAUUUUGGGUUCGUGCUGUACCGAACAACUCUUCCUCAAGACUGUAGCAACUCAACAUCCCUCCACGCACCCUUGAGUGGAGUCCACGAUCGGGCCUAUGUCUCAGUGAAUGGGGUCCCCCAAGGAAUCCUUGAGCGAGCCAGUGUGACCCCUCUAAACAUAACAGGGAAAGCUGGAGCCACCCUGGACCUUCUGGUGGAGAACAUGGGGCGUGUGAACUACGGCAGAUAUAUCAAUGAUUCUAAGGGUUUAGUUUCUAAUCUGACCCUCGGCUCCAGUAUCCUCACAAACUGGACCAUCUUCCCACUGGGCACUGAGGAUGCAGUGCGCAGCCACCUGCAGGGCUGGGGUGGCCAGGACGCUGGCUGCCAUUAUGAGAACUGCAAUGACAGCUCGCCCAACUACACGCUUCCGGCCUUUUAUGUGGGAAACUUCUCCAUCCCCAGUGGCAUCCCCGACUUGCCCCAGGACACCUUCAUCCAGUUUUCUGGAUGGACUAAGGGGCAGGUGUGGAUUAACGGCUUUAACCUUGGCCGCUAUUGGCCAGCACAGGGCCCCCAGAUGACCUUGUUCGUGCCACGGCACAUCCUAACAACCUCGGCCCCAAACAACAUCACGGUGCUGGAACUAGAGCGAGCGCCCUGCAGCGCCUGUGGCCCGGGACUGUGCACCGUGGAGCUGGUGGACACGCCUGUUAUCAACAGACCUGUGGCCACCAAUUAUUCCUUCUCAGAACCGCCUACUAAAGACUCAUGGCAACACUAUGAAUGAUGAUGGUGACGCUUUGGGAUUCUGGCCCCCCCGCACAGACCUCGGACAUUGUAAUGCUGAUAUUCUCCGGAGAGUUGGUUUAGAAAAUGAAUUUAGGGGAUGUGUUUUCACCUGAGGUCUCCUGGCAGCCAUGCUAUGUCCGUGCCCCACCCUCAGGGGCCACCUUGGAUGUGUGAGGGAGGUGACAGCAGUGAUACCCAGACAGAUCUGCACAGUCGGAGUGGAAGUAUUGGAAGUAUUCCUGAUUUUGAUUUUAAUUUUAAUUAAGAAUCAUGUUGUCUUUUUGCUAAAUAAAUUUAUAAUGAAAUAUGA